UGAGAGAGAGACUCUGCCUAGGCUCAUAGCGGAGGACAUGGAUUGGACCCUGUAGAGCAGGAAGGGAAAGGAGGGGUGUGGAAAACCAGCCUGUGUGUGGUUGAAAACACUGCUGCCAACACCGGACUACAGGAACGCAUGCACGGUUUCAUGGCACUGUUUUACCUAUAACUGCCUGUGGGAGGGGGCAUAGAGGGGAGGAGCCAGCACACCCAGUUGAAGAAAUUUAAAGUGCACUGGCUCCUUUGGACCCCGUCUAUAUCCUAUCGUACUAAAUCUGUCCCCAAUAUCCCUUAUGGACUACGAGAGGAUAUACCAAUAGACUGACUCUCGUAAGAAGUGAAAUGUUUUCAGAUGUGGACUAUGAUCUUGAUGAAGACAAACUCGGGAUACCAACAGUCCCAGGUACAGUGUCUCUAAAGAAAGACUCGCAGAAUGUCAUUGGGAUCAGCAUAGGAGGAGGUGCUCAACACUGCCCUUGCCUUUACAUUGUGCAGGUAUUUGACAAUACUCCUGCUGCACAGGAUGGAACUAUUGCAGCCGGAGAUGAAAUCACUGGUGUGAAUGGGAGGUCAGUAAAAGGAAAAACUAAAGUGGAGGUUGCCAAAAUGAUUCAGCAUGUUAAGGAAGAAGUGACUAUUCAUUACAACAAGCUACAAGCUGAUCCUAAGCAGGGGAAGACUCUAGAUAUUGUGCUGAAGAAAGUGAAGCAUCGUCUAGUGGAGAACAUGAGUUCCGGCACUGCGGAUGCUCUUGGUUUAAGCCGUGCCAUCCUGUGCAAUGAUGGUUUGGUGAAAAAACUGGAAGAGCUUGAAAAAACAGCAGAGUUUUAUAGAGGUAUGAUGGAACACACUAAACGUCUCUUGAGAGCAUUCUUUGAACUUUCUCAGACACACCGGGCUUUUGGUGAUGUGUUCUCUGUCAUUGGUGUCCGGGAACCCCAACCUGCAGCAAGUGAAGCAUUUGUCAAGUUUGCUGAUGCACAUCGUAGCAUUGAAAAGUUUGGCAUCACCCUUUUGAAAACGAUAAAACCGAUGCUGAAUGAUUUAAAUACCUACCUUAAUAAAGCCAUUCCAGACACUAAAUUAACAAUCCGAAAAUACCUUGAUGUGAAAUUUGAAUAUUUGUCAUACUGUUUGAAAGUGAAAGAGAUGGAUGAUGAAGAAUACAGCAGCAUAGCACUGGGAGAGCCAUUGUACCGUGUUAGUACUGGAAAUUAUGAAUAUCGGUUGAUAUUGCGCUGUCGGCAGGAAGCGCGCUCACGUUUCGCUAAGAUGAGAAAAGAUGUCUUAGAAAAGAUAGAGCUCCUAGACCAGAAACAUGUUCAAGAUAUUGUGUUCCAGCUUCAGCGCUUUGUCUCUGCAAUGUCUAAAUAUGAUGACCAGUGCUAUGAGGUCCUGAAAGGGGCAGAUAUAUUCCCUAUUGAAGUGGACCUGGCCCACACAACUCUUGCUUAUGGUCAGGUUGAUGAAUUCACAGAUGAAGAGGAAGAGCUGAAGAAGAAGAAAGAGGACGACAAAGGCGAGAAACUAAUUGAUGAUGAAUAGCCAUGCACAUAAGACAAUGUUUUAAUAUGUGUUCAUGUUUAAUUUCAUUUAAAUUUUGUUUAAAAUCCCACUUUAAUACACUACUGGGGGUCAUUCCGAGUUGAUAGCUCGCUAGCAGUUUUUAGUAGCUGUGCAAACGCUAUGCCGCCGCCCACUGGGGAGUGGAUUUUAGCUUAGCAGAAGUGCAGACGCAUGUGCAGCCGAGCUCUACAAAAACAGUUUGUGCAGUUUCAGAGUAGCUCUGAACCUACUCAGCGCUUGAGAUCACUUCAGCCUAUUUGUGUCCGGAUUUGACGUCCUACACCUGCCCAGCCAAGCCUGCAUUUUUUCUGGCACGCCUGCAUUUUUCCAAACACUCCCUGAACACGGUCAGUUUACACCCAGAAAUGCCCCUUUCCUGUCAAUCUUCAUGCGGCAGCCAGUGCGAAAGAAAACUUUGCUAGCCCCUGGACACAACCACAAAUGUCUUUGUACGCGUACGUCGCGGGGCAUGCGCAUAAAUUGCGGGGCAUGCGCAUAAAUUCAGUUUUUUUUUCCUGAUCGCUGCGCUGCGAAAAUCGUCAGCGAGCGAACAACUCGGAAUGGCCCCCAUUGUCCUGAAAGUCUACAUUGACAGGAAAAUGCUUCACAACGUGACUUUGUUGUUGGUGACUAUAAUGAAUGUGUGAGAUAUAGGUGUGGAAAUUAAAAGUCGUUCAUGGGACUGGUAGCUGGAGUUUAGGUCUUGCAUUAAAACAUUUAUUUAGUAGAUAAAAUGCGCAGAAAUAAACUUUCUUUUCAAAGAA